AUGGUGAAGUUCCGCUACAAUGGCGACUUCUCGGUGCAACUGUGCGGCCUGGAGAUCAACCUCGACACGGUUGGGGCAAGCGCGGAGGAGGCGGAUGAAAACUACGCUCUGCCGUUUUUUUGCCCCUUUGAGAUGACGCUGCAGGGCAUAAACCUUGACGGGAUGGUUUCCAUCGAGGUGUUCCACGAGCUGGAGGAGGACCCGCAGCAAGGACAAGACUGUGCUGUUGCUGUGCACACAGCAGUCGCGCCGCGGGUUGGAAAGAGCUCCAGCUUGCGCCCGCCCCGGUCCGCCCGCUCGGCGUCUGCGCGCGGCCGCUCUGGGUACGGUGUGCUGCUCGGCAGCGGCGG